UGGACCACCAGGAAAGUCCUGAUUCAACUCUUAAUAAGGUGGAUUUUUGAUUGUGAAUUAGUUUUUGUGUUUGAAACUAGGUUUUUUAAGUGACUUGAGAGCAGGCAGGUAAUCUAACUCAAAUGUCUUUGUACCUUUGAGACUGGGCAGCUUAGGGAUGAACACAGAUUGUUGGCUCACCACAUCUGUUCAGCGGUAGAUUGAAUGCUUGGAGGAAGGACCAAAUAGCCUCUUCAGAGAUUUUGAGCCUGAGAAUUUGGGGGCUAUGGGACCAUUCUCAUCAGGGCAAGAAUUUCUUAGGAAAUUCAGAAAUCCUGGAGUCUUAGAGGCAUAUCACAAUGUUAACAGGGAUCAUGAAGUUAACAUUAAUAUGUAAAUCAGUGGACAUGGGGAUGGUGGGUACUAAGAUUGAGCAGAAAAAAGCUUGACCUGCCUAAAGGUGUUCAGAUUCAAAUUUUCAUAAACAUUUCAGCCAACCACUCCAGCCAUGGUGGAUUCAACCCAAGAGCCCAAGUUUGUGGUCCUUAGUCUUGCCAGUAACUCACCUCAAUGAGUGGAUACUCCACAGGAUACUACUGAGAGUUGUAAAGGCCAUUCUGGAAAACCAAGCUCCAGAAGUGAGCCUCAAUCAUGUUCCUCCUUGGAAGGCACUGUUUACAGUUUCUUCUCGUCCAUCAAAAGCUUGAUCACACAGACUGGGAGCACUCCUUUAACUCAGAAAGUUGUUUAAAAGAACAGAAGCUAUGUCCUUUUCUUGCCACAAUAAUUACAGUCCUUUUCAUGACUGCCCAACUAUUGCCUGUCACAUCAAACUUCACUGUCCAAGACUUAAUAGGAUAAUGUAUACACUGUCCUCUUGUGUGUUUCCUAGUUAUCUUCUCAGAACAGUGAUAUAUAUAGUUCAUGGAGUUUGUCUGACCAAUCCACUAUCUCUCUUUUAGGGCACACAGUGUACAUAAAGACUCAGUUAUCUGGGGAUAGAUGCCAGACUGUUAUCUGAGAGCUGAAGUCUGAGCCAUCAGGAUAGAGAGAAUAGAGAGGGCAUGAAGGAGUAUUUGCUUCCUGUGACUUGGCAUCUUUAGGCUCAGGCUCUGCAACCCAUGUAGUCAACCAGAUACCCUCACCUUAACACUGUGUCACAUGAGCUUCUCCUAGACAAAUAAAGGUCUGUGAUGCCAUGCAUGACUUAGGAAACAGGAGGGCUUUGUGAUGCAGUCUGCUGGUUUGGUUCUAUGCUCUGUGAGGCAGAGACAAUAGGUCUAGGAUUUGGAGGUGUUAGGUUCUAAGACCCUUAAAACCUAGGAAGCCUAGGAAGAGGGAUGGCUAGUAAGGUUUAGAUUAUGUUGAGCCCUACUUUUAUUUUGUGGGAUGUUGGAUAUCCCUUUUACACUUAUGGCUCCAUCAUUAUUAUUGCAUUAAUUAUUUGGCAAGUGAAAAAGAACCACCGAGGUUUAAAGUUGGGACCUAACAGGAACUGCUGCCGGCGUCACCAGAAAGUCAAACAAAGGGCUAAAGAGAAAACACCAAGAGCUAGGAGACAUUCCCGGAAAGAAGCUGACAAGCCGUUGGAGCUGCUUUCGAUCAUGCGAAGCCAGGGCUGGCUUCCUCAGGAAGGGAGUGUGCGGCGCCUCCUGUGUGCAGACCCCUGCUGCCAAAUCUGCAAUUCUGUGGCUCUGGAGAUUCAGCAGUUGAUAUCGGGUGAGACUACGCUGACCACCCCUACUUCUUCGGGGCCAUCUCAGGGCUCCUCUUGCCUAGAGGUUUUGUCCAUGUCUAGUCUCUCUUUUGAUCAGAGUCAGGAGUCCCUGCCCUUCAAACAGCUUUCACUUCCAUCAGCAACCCGCACAGUGUCACAACUAACAAAUCAGAAAUCUGUAACCCAGUCAGCUGCCAAGUCAGCCACUAAGCCAGCCACCAAGUCUGUCAGUGCAAUCAGCAUCCGCCAAUACUGGGCUGGUCACCAGCAGCUAAGGCAGGAAUGCCGAGGGCCAGAGUUGCCCUUGGACUCAGGAGCUCUGUCUUCUUCGAGCCUUGAAGAGCCUAGGAUUCCUGUGAACCAGCAUGUCAAGAAGAAGAGCAACUCUGAAGGUAUUCUGAAGAAACAAGAAGCUGUAGAAGUCGACCUGCGAAAUAAGCUGAAGCAUUUUACACAGUGGAUUAACCCUGACACAAAAGGUCAAGGGCAUAAGGAAUGCAUUCUCAGCUGUAAGGAUGAGAAAGUGGCCAAAACCAAGACAAAAAAGGCUGAGAAGAGUCCACCUUCCACCAAACGCCCCAUGAAGGGAGCUAAGUUGGAGAAGGAGGAGGGCUUCUUUGACGCGCUCCAGUGCCUGGACAGUGAGUUCCAGCGACAGUCCAUGGAGUCCGUGCAGUCCGGCCAGUCCUGUUUCCUGCCCCUCUCCAGUGGCAGCUCCAAGCGCAGUCCUCUGCUGACUCGUGCCACUCAGCCAGAAAAUCCAUCCCAUGUCUCACUUUCCACCUCAGCAGAAGGUACUUGUCUACCCCAGGAGAGUACCCAGUCCAGGAAGAAGGAGCUCAGGGGUUCCCAGACUUCUGCAUCCUCCUGAAAAGGCUGUCAUCAUCAUUUCCAUUAAUAUUCUGGUGUUCAUUCCCUCUCUGAAUAAACUCUAUACCUUUAAGCAAAGAA